UGCUUAGAUAGAUGAAUCUAAAGAUUAAAGCAAUGUCUAAUAACAGUGCUAAAACAUUUAUUCGUCACAAACAAAUUACAAAUCCUGCUGGAUCUGACGGCUUUGAAUACAUCAUGGCUCCUUGCAGAUUUUUCCUCCGUUUACUUGGAGCCUGGCCCGACCCUUUAGAAAACGACAGUUGGUCGUCAACCCUACGAAUUUUGAUUGUAACAACGAUCAUGUUUCUCUUUGCAAUAGUUUCACAAACAGUCAAAUUAUUCAAUUGUUGGGAUAACUUGAAUGCAGUUGCUGAGAUAUUGUCCAAUUGCAAUAUACCAACGAGUAUUGCUACGGUGAAAAUUGUCAAUAUUUGGUACCACAGACAUGUUUUAAAAGAUAUGUUAAGUCAAGUCAUUGACGACUGGAAAUUACCACGUACUGAAGAGGAGUUAACUCUAAUGUGGCAAAAUGCAAAAGUAAGCAGACUCUUGUCUAUUGGGUGUAUUUUCAUGACCGAAGCUACGCUUCUUGCUCAGUGUAUGGUCGGAUUAUGGAUUCCUAUUUUUUAUACCUUUCAAAAGUCUCAACUCAAUUCAAGUGUCGAAUGGCCUCUAUACAUGACGGGCUCAUUCCCUUACGAUACCCAAAAAACUCCAUACUACGAAUUUACUAUUUUCGGCCAGCUCUUCUCCAACGUAUUGGCAUCUACUUCGUUUUCAUCGUCAGACUCGAUUUUUUUCAUUCUCAUGCUUCAUCUUAUCAACCAACUCUCAAUUUUGAAAUUAUCAGUGACUAAUUUACCGCAAAAAAUUGUCACUAUUCAAGACAGAAUAAAUUUCAUGAAUAAAUUCACAUCCUUCCAUGCAAGACACAACCAACUUUGGAGAUUUUCAUUAGCUGUAGAAAAUACAUUCAACCGUAUGUUUCUGAUUCAAAUGGUUCCUUGUAUUUUUGGUCUAGGAACGCAGGGUUAUCAAUUAAUAUCGAAUAUUAUUCAAGAACAUACACCACUUGUAGAGUUAGUUUUUAUGAUUUAUUUUUUGGUUUUAUUUUUAUUUACCAUUUUUACAUACUGCUACGUUGCUGAAUUACUGCGACGCCAGAGUUUGGAAAUAAGCGAUGCAAUAUUUGCAUGCAAUUGGAGAAUAUUAAAAUCAAGAGAGAUAAAACUUCUUGCAUUUGUUAUGGCCAGAGCACAAAAGCCUUUUGAGAUCACUGUAGGAAAAUUCGCCAAUUUUUCACUGCAGCUGUAUGUUCGAAUAUUAAAAACAUCUGCUGGGUAUUUAUCAAUGCUGCUAGCUGUUAAAGAAAAGAUAGAUACUUAAAUUUGAAAUAUAUUUAUGAAGAA